CAACUUUACUGGUCGGUCGCUUCAAAUUUUAAGAGGCAAUGCGCGCGAUAUACAACUUCCACUGUGGUAAUUGAAGUACAUGGAAAAAUUUCCACUAAAAAAGAUAAAUCAGUGCCAACAAAUAAACCAAGCUUUCUCGCAGCUUAAGACCUUGCUAAGUGUCUUUCAUAACACACAACUGGUUCAUUCAGGGCUGCAGCAGGUUUAUGGUUUUACAUGGGUGAAAUCACGAGAGCAUAGGUAAGUCUAUCACAUGAUUCCUGCGGUCACUGCGCUCCGCGUCUCUUCCUGAGCAGACGGCAGCAGCAGCCGGGGCUCCGUGUAAACACGCCGCGCGCACAGGGCUUUGUUCCGCACGCACACAAACACGCACCCACACACCGCAGUAUCUCAUCUUCUAGUCAUGCCAUGGAUAUUUUGUGGCAAUAUCAGUUCCGAAUCAUCCUACUGGGGGACUCCACGGUGGGGAAGUCGUCGCUGCUGAAACGCUUCACGGACGGAAUUUACAGCGAUGUGGCGGACCCGACGGUCGGGGUGGAUUUUUAUGCCCGUUCGCUUGAAAUUGAGCCCGGGGUUAAAAUAAAGCUGCAGCUCUGGGACACAGCCGGCCAGGAGCGAUUCAGGUCCAUCACAACGUCAUAUUACCGCAACUCCGUUGGAGGGCUGCUAGUCUUUGACCUCACCAACCGCAAGACCUUUGAGCACAUAAUGGAAUGGCACAAGGAGGUGAGUGAGCACAUCCUGCCUCACCACAUGGUCUACAUCCUCAUUGGCCACAAGAGCGACCUCAACAAGGACCGUAAGGUGAGCCGGGAUGAGGCAGAGCAGCUCGCUGCUGAGUUGGGCAUCCGCUACGUUGAGACGUCGGCCAAGUGCAACAGCAAUGUGGACCGGGCGUUUGAGCUGCUGAGCAGAGACAUCUACGAGCUCAUGAAGAUGGGGGAGAUUGUCACCCGUGAUGGCUGGGAUGGCGUGAAAAGCGGCCUCACUGCCAAGGUCCUUUACCCAGGAGAGGAAGAGGAGGAGAUAGCUACCACUUCUGCUGAAAAAGGAUGCCAUUGCUGACUGAGAACUGCUUGUGUCCAAACACUGUCCCAUCACACUGUGAGCUCACCUCGUCUCACAGCCGUCCAUCAAAAUCGAACCACUCAGGCUCAGCACCCUGUGAUAUCACCACGCAUCACUUCCUCACCUUGUGAUUUAUGCCCUUUUUUGUGUGGGUCACUCUGACAACUAAGCAAGUUGUGUCUUGUUGUCCAUGUGGCGUAGCAUGAGUCAAGAUGUUUUGGGCCUUGUUUUGUUCAGAAAAACCCACAAAACAUGUGAUUUUGGAAUUUAGACUGUUGCCAUUUCUCAUUUUCUCCGUACUGCAGCAAAUGGAUGACUUGGUCAAAGAAGGUACAGAAGGACUAAUGCUAUGGGUCUGGUCUUACUUUUAUUCCAUGGUACUGUUGUGGGUUUCUACCUGUCAAGGUGUGCAAUGAUUUCCUGCAAUCUGUUGUGACUCUGAAAUUGUAAAUAAUAUUAACAACUACAGAGAUGAAGACUGAACAGUCAAUGAAACCUAAUUAAUAAUUGGUAGUGUGAACAGAUGCAGCUCACACUGUAGUAUCUCCAUAUUCAACCAGUGUGCCCCUCCUGCUGUUGUAAGCUGUGUGCACUCACGCCAAACUGACUUAGAAGUUUCAUCAUAUGUGAAUAGACGAGUAAUAUCUAUAAAUAGAGAUUAUUUGUAAUUAAAGUGUAUACAUAAAAGAUUAAAUCAUUCUAAUUAAGAUAGGCGAUCCCAUUAAGGUAUCUGUACAUAACAUCAACGUCAGCGGGCAGCAUGCAACAGGGUCUUCUCUUGGUCAUCAACCUUUAAUGACAGAAACAAAAGGUUGAAUUUCACCUGCAGCCGUUUGCAGUUUCAGUAAGCAUCCAUUAAUUAUGUUUAAAGCUCAGUCCUAAAAAAUAUCACACAGGCCAGAAGAUUUAAAUGUGCUAACUCAUAAAAUCUGCCGUUAUACAUGGAUGGGUUGAUGAUGUGUUCCAAACACAUAACAGAGAGUAGGAACUUUGGGUAUAACUGAAGAAAAAGUUAACAUUCAGAUUCAGGAUGUCAGUAUUUAGUUCAUUGCCAUUUUUUGUAGAAUUCAGUGACAGGAUUAAUAUGUCUCAUGUCUGUGCCAUAUGUGGCAAACUCAUUUCUCUGCUGUUUUACACCGACUGGAGACAGAAGAGGUAAUUACAUUAUAUUAAAAAAUCACAACUAAAACAACUAUUCUGUUUGGGUGUGAAUUAAGCAAGAAAAGUUCAUCGUGUUGCUUAGUAAGCGUUAAGCUUUUCUAAGGUGUUUGGUCAAAAUACCACAGGGACAACGUACAACAGCACCCUUACCAACUGGGUUUUAACAGCCUAGUUGGAUGCAACCAGUUUGAAGCUGGACUUAAACUUGCGUCUGCGUGCGGUCGGCUACGGGUAACUGACGCUGGUGAAUUUGCUCUCGCACUCGAGUGUAGGGGAAUGCAUCGUUUUGGUAUUGUGUUGCAAUUUCUCCUUCUAAUCUGAAGGUGGCAGCAGGGGUGGUAUCAGCCGGUAAACUCACCAGGUUGGAGUUCUUUUGAUGGUUCACUUCACUUCUGCUACAUAUUUUCUGUUUUAAAACAACAAUGUCGUCCAACAUGGUGCAGUGUCUUUAUGAGCUUGUGAAGGCAAACAAAGAAAUAAUUCGAUCAGCCGCUCAUCAAUUUUAUCCUUUGGAUGUUGUUUUUAAAAAUGGCGGUUACCACACAAAUUCAGCAAGAAGAUCCAGAAAUCCAGAAACGCGUAAUCCCAAACUGACCAAUCACAAAGAAGUACGUCCGUGUAACUGCCUGCAAAGCAGGGUUGCACGUCAGGUCUGGAAGAGGUGCGCGUCGAGUCUACACGGAUCUACAUGGCACCUGGGGAGGUGAUGCCGUAACUGACUUACGCAAAUGCCACGCAAAUAUAAAUGCAGCUUUAAGGCCCAUUUAUGCUUGACGCAGAAGACAGAUACACAGACGGGUGGACAGUUUCGUCCAUCUUCUGUGUUGGUUAUGCACGUAACUUGGUCUGUUUUUACAGAGCUUAGCUAUCUGUUGUUUGACGCAGAAGACGGAGCAAUACCACCAGAAAUCGCGGGGGCAGUCCUGAGCAGAACAACUGACAUGCGACCAGUGGAAGAAACAAACCAGAUAAGAAGGGAAUCCAGAAGGAAACAAAAAAGCAGAAGAUUGAAGGCGAGCACAGCAACUAGAAAUUGCGCGAGCUUUUAAAGAAAGGAUAUGCGAGUGUUUUAGGAUGUGUUGGGCGGUUGGAAUCAACUUUAUAGUGAUGCAUUUUAGCACCGCAAAAUGGUGUCUGAAACUGAUGACAUGUCGCGAAAUUGAACUCUGAACCUAGCACUGACCACUAGUGGAGGAAUUGACUUAACAACCAUGGAAAAGACAUUAACAUUUUCCAUGCAAAAGAUGCAUGGAAGUAUGAAGACGGUGACAUAUGACAAUUGAAAUGGAUGUUGCUAUUUACGUACAUAAGGGAGCAUAAAUGGGCCUUUAUAGUGAGCCCUCCUUCUUCCUCUUCCAUGGAGAGUCCUUCCUUUGAGUUGAAUGAGACAGCAUUCUGCUAGCAAUUGGAAAUUGGGACACAAAUUACACUCAAUAUUCAUUGAAGCUCACACACACACAGAACAAAGGAACAUAGUCUUCUUGAUUUUAUUAUGUAAUGAUUACAUUUCUGCAAAGGUUAAUUUUCUCCAAAGCCUUUCUUGUAGCAACACACAAACUAACAGAAAAAAGUUACCCAGAAACUGCAAAGUGUCUGUUAGCCAAACUAAAGAACCUGAAAUGUCCAUCUAGCAUGCUAAUGUGUUAGCUUCAAUAAAGUCUUUAAAAUACUUCGAUAUUCCUCCUCUGCACUAUGUUGUCAGUUGGUUCUGACCAAUGUCUUGGGUAAAAUCAGCUCAAGAGUAAUGGACCAGGUGGGUAAAACAGUCCAAUAAAAUGUGGUUUUAGCUAACUGUUGCUGGAACUAUGCCUUCUAAAAUAAAAUCUUACAGCCUGGGGCUCAAUGUAUAGAUGGAUGCCUCUUCUUGCAUUUAACAGAAGAGCAGCUUGUCUGCAAAGAUUGCGCUUAACUCGCUUCUCGGCUCCAGCAUGAAAACAUCAUUUUAAAACCAAGGUAACUCUAAACUACAGAACAGCGUUGUGUUGUGUGAGUUGCUAACUUGGUAAUUGCCUAAGAUACCCAAAUAUAUGAAAACAUAAAUAUAUUUUCCCCUCUUCAUAUUUCCUCUUUUUGCCCAGGCUAGCUGCUUCCUUUUCCACACCUAGCAAGCUUAGCUAGUAGCUUCUUUGCUCCAGACAUGGUUACAGACAUUCAUAGAAUCAACUUACUCUCAGAAAAAAAACCUUUUUCUCAUUAUUUCUAUAAAGCUGCUCUGAAAACAUAACAGAUGCCACUUAUAUUAAUCUCAAAAGGAAAAGUAUUUAAACUUAAAUCUAAAGCUGAACGUAAAAUGGCUUCUUUUGGUGAAAGUAUUUUUGUUUUAGCCACUUCUCCCAGGUUAGUCAUUCUUUUCUGAGCAGUAAGUUGCAUUUAUAAUGAACACAUAUCUGCAAAAAUGAAUUCUUCUGAAGUCUGCGGCAGCUGUAAUCUGCCUGAUAAUCUGCUGAUAAGCCUGGAAUGUUGAACAGACCAUAACUUCUCUCUAUUACCUGAUCCACCCAGCUUUCACAAAAACACAUCUUUACACAAACACAGAGAUUAUGCAUUCUGUAGAUUUUACUUUGCAUUAAAGUGACCAAACUCACUUAAACAAGGUAAUUUAUUUAUUUUUCACUUCUAUGUAAUAUCUAGGACAUAUAGUGUACAGUAUGGUUGCAGCCUGUUAUUUUAUAAGGAAUGUAUUCUGGUAAAUCUGCAAUUUCCCUUUAUUUUUACUUUUCUGCUCAGAUUCAAAUUUGAAGCUUCCUGGUGAACCACCAUCAAACCGGGGGCCUGUAUACACUCUGUUUUUGUUUGUGCAACAAUCAGAUGUUAGCAUUUAAUUUCCUCAAUGCAGAUAAAGACUUCCACCACCUUUCUUACUUGUAUCUCUCAUGUAUACAGGGUUAAAUUGUGUAAUAUUCUAUGUUAAUAGUGUGCUGUCAGGAAGCUGCUCUCCAGUGAGCAUGACUCUCAUUCCUCAAUGCUCAGAACAAGAGCUGCAUUAUUAGACACCUCUAAACCACCAGUGAGAAAAGUCCAAGCAUUUAAUUUACAUUUUCAACUGUAUUUUUUAAUCUUACAAGUUGUGCUACCACAUUAACAGCAGCUGUGGGGACGGUGACCACAGAAACCACAGUCUGAGGUCUCUUAGCCAAAAAGUGUGACUGAAGUUAUAAAACAGAAAAUGGAUGUGUUGACUUAAUAACAUCAUGACUUACUCUGCACACAUUUCAAAAUUUAUUUAGAUGCAAUAAAUAUGUAGGGAACAGCAUAAAUAAUGUUCAUUUCUGACAUAUUCAACAGACAGUUAGCUUUUAACCAAUUUAUUCUGUGUCCAUUUUUACAUUAUGAGUAGAAUAUGAUGAUCUGAUUGCUUUCUGAAGCUGUAAUAUUCGUUUAAUAUAAUAAAUUCAAGAUGGUGCACUAAUUGUCUAUGUGAAUCUAGAAAGUGGGUAAGUUAGCUUUCGCUAACACUGGCUUUACUAGUAGUUUGCAAAUGUCUAAUUAGUCAGUGUAGCACAUUGAUUUUUACACUCCAGAAUGUUGUGCAAAGACAUUUUUACUAAAUUAAUAAUUUUGUUUUUAUUGUAGAGUAAAAUUUCAUGUAAACUUUUUUUUUGUUGGGCUGAAGAAUUAACUUUAUUAUUUUUUUUAUUUUUGUAAAACAAAUAACAUAAAAUGACUUUUAGAGUAGGAUGUUUCGACCUAGUGAACUAGAACUCCCUUUAUUUAAGUUUAAGUUGUACCAAAUGAAGAGUGUUGCGCUGUGCCAGGUUUCCGUUGGGUAGGAAGUACAGGUGAAUGUUACCGCACUUCCAAGAAAGAAAUCAAAUACGCACAUUUUAAAAUUAUGUAACUGCACCAUUUUAUUUAAUUUUAUUCUAUUUUUAAAUCUCUGUUCAGUCUUCUUUCUCAGAAUCAGCAGCUGUUUGGUUGCAAACGCAAGAUGGAACAGCUUCUGGUCUCCAGGUGCCACAUUCCACAAUAUUAUUCCAGAACUUUUAUUUAUUUUAUACAUACUAUGUAAAAGGGAUUAUCCUUUUCUUUAAUGUGAUUUUACUAAUUGUUUAAAUAAAUAAAUAGAUGUCAAAUAAA